AUGUUCGUAGAUGAACCCGUAACGGCGAAAGAUACGAGAACGAUCGCAGCCCUAACUGCUAGAUGCAUGGCGCCUGCGCUUGCGCAACACGCAGCGAUGGAAAGCGACGAGCCGUGGCAGCGGGCGACCGCUGGAGAGAGCGGCUCCCCAUCACAGCGGGGUGUCCGGUUGUCGCCAUUACGUAAGUUAGCGUGCGAUUAUUUCGCACGGGACAACUCCUCGGGGUGGGCGGCGGGGAGGCGGCCGCGACUUGAUCGACGUCGACUGCUGGCCCGCAAGCGUUGGCUUGAUGGCUCGGCGACGGUGAAAGUGGCCUCGUGCGCGAUGGGCAGCGCGCAACGUUUUCUAAUCGGCGGUUCCGUCGCGGCGCCCGAUCAGGGUGACGCGCGAGCGAUUUGCGAAGGUUGCGUCACGUCCUGUCCCUUCGCCGGACGCGGAUCGACGGCGACGGGCUGG